CAUUUAUAAUCGUAUAAUCGUAAAUCGAGUUCCUAGGACAACUGUGCAAACAGGCAUAUCGCCAGGCUGUUUGGAAGCAGCCCGCCCCAGCACAAUGGCCAACAGGGACGCCGACAACACAGGGCGGGCGCAUUGAGUGAGAGCGACUGCAGAGCGCGAAACCGAGGCGUGUUUUCAACAGUCCUGAGAGACAGAUACAGAGGAAUACGGUCCAUACCCUACGCUGAUGGUUUUAAGGACAGUUGUCACACGAAGUUGCAUAUUCUUACUUUCCAGAAAAGGGACGAGCGACUAUUGAUUGUUCCAGCAAAUCAACUGAGAAACGCCGCUGUACUCGGAUCGCCCUGCUGGUGUUUCCGGCGCGGUGGGCCCACCUGCCUUCAAGAUGCACAUGAAUAGUUUAUUGAACCAAUGGAGUCUGUGUGUGUCCGGCGGCGAGCUCCGUGGGGUGGACGAUAACGUGGACACCGACCCGGAGGCGGAUCCAUCCUCAGAGCCCAGCAGCCCCACCCUCCUGGGCGAGUCCACGGACUCCUACUGCCAGGCCGACCGCUGGCAGACGCUCCGCACCACCGUCCGCAAACUGGAAUUCUGGGAAAACUUCAGCGCUGAGCUCGUCGGAAGCGGCUUCUCCUCCAAAGUCUACAAGGUGACGCACUGCACGACGCGGAAGGCGACGGUGGUGAAGAUCUACAAGAACGACGUGGACCAGAGCAGCAUCGUGCGAGAGAUCGGCCUGCUCCAGAAGCUCUCGCACCCCAACAUCGUCAGGUAUCUUGGAAUCUGCGUGAAGGAUGAAAAGCUGUACCCAAUCCUAGAGUACGUGAACGGUGGGUGCCUGGAGGAACUCCUCUCCAGGAAGGACGUGUCGCUGUGCUGGCGGGAGAAGGUGGACCUGGCCUGUGACAUCACGCGGGGCAUGAUCUACCUGCACUACAAGAACAUCUACCACAGGGACCUCAACUCUAAGAACUGCCUGGUCAGGGUGUCGGCGAGGGGGCGGGAGGCUCUGGUGGCGGAUUUCGGCCUGGCCCGAGAGGUGGCCGACCUGCCCGUCAACGACCCCCAGAGGAAGCUGUCCCUGGUGGGCUCCGCCUUCUGGAUGGCCCCCGAAAUGCUCCGGGGGGAACCCUACGACCGCAAGGUGGAUGUGUUCUCCUUUGGGAUCGUGCUGUGUGAGAUCUUGGGCCAGAUCACAGCUGACCCCGAAAUACUUCCACGAACUCAGGACUAUGGGCUGGAUGUGGCUGCAUUUGAGGAGAUGGUGACAGGCUGUCCACAGCGCGUGAUGGAGCUCGCUGCCAGCUGCUGUUUGAUGGAGUCCUUCCGGAGGCCCUCGUUCUCAGAGCUGUUGGACGAGCUGGAGGACAUCGCAGAGACCCUGGAUCCCCCGGAUGUAGAGCUGAAGAUAGGGUGACUCCCCCCAAAGAGAAGGACACCGUGGACAUAGUGCAUAACCGGGAAUUGGUGGCCGGUCCCGUUGUCGUGACAAUCCACACUUUGUGAUGUCAUACAGAGACUCCAUGUCAAGUUCAAUGGACUUGUGUGUGUGAGUGUGUGGUUAUAAGAGCAUGCACGCUCGUGUGUGUGGGCACGUGUACAUGCGCCUCAGACAGCAUAUACCCUCAUCUGCUGACAGCUACUGUUCUCCAACGCUGUUCGGAAAACAGCCUCGUCUGAAAUCCAUCUGGAAGCAAUAUGCCAUCAUCUGUCUCCUCUCUGCCUUUUUUUGUUUUAGCAUCGCUAGCAUUUAGCUCCUCAAUCAGCCUGCCCUGUACCUGCACUUCAAAUAGUCACGAAGCAGCACAUUUACAUUAGCAUGCCAAAGCAACUCUAAAAGCCUCAGACAUCUAAACACAAUGUCAAAAAAUCCAAAACAUCCAAAAAAACAUCCAGCAAGUCAAGCAUUUCCAAAUUAAAUAAUUUCAUUGGAUGUGAGAAUAUAUCUAAAUCCAAAAUCCAAAGCAACAGAAAGAAAUUGCGUCAUUUAUGCAUUUAUGUUAGAAACCUACUUCUCUGAGGCAAGUUACAAAGCAUACAUUCAUUAACCAAUUUGUAUUCACUCACUGAUAUGUAUUCACUCACUGAUAUAUGUAUUCACUCACUGAUAUGUAUUCACUCACUGAUAUGUAUGUAGCUGCUCUCCUGUACUGUAUAUGCUCAUACUGGCUUUAUACAGUAUGAUGUAAAUAUAAUCUGUGGAGAUCUGCUAAGCUCACAGGACGUGUAAAUAUGUAAUAAAUAUGUUACCACUUAGGAACUACUCAGGAUGUAUAAAUGUGUAAUACAGUAUGUUACCACUUAACUAAGCAUGUCUUAUUUUACCCAGUUAAACAGAGAGGAAAUGUAGAGCAUACAGUCAACAUAUUAGAAAUUGUUUUUAUUAAAGUUAUAAACGAACAUUAUAAAUGAGACAUCUAUUAUUAUAUUGCUUUUUAUAUUACUAUUAUUAUAAAAUGUUUUCUUUCAAGUGAUUAUACUGUAUGUUUCUGUCACCACAUUCUCAGGGUUUUGCAGGAGUGUCUGUCAAAUUUGGACCAGCAUCUAAAGAGUUACAGUAUUUAAAAUAUGUUUUUGAACCAUGUCUUCUCGCUGCUCGUCUGUCUGCAACCAUGUUGGGAUGAGUCUUGGGGUUGGUCUUAGUUGACUUAUCCACUGUUUUACCAAAUAUUAAAUACAGUAUAUCUGUUAAAAUGACUCCUGCAUUAAAUAAGGAAAAGUUGCUCUGA